AUGGAGUCGCCUCCAGCAAAUAAGCUCCAUUUAUCCACUCAGGGAGGACAAACGUUCUUCCCCAAACCCGUGGGACUAGAGGCUUGCAACCUGCCCAUGGCUCCAACAUCAAGCUACAAGGAAGAAGAGAUCGAAGCUUUCUAUAUGAACCUGGACAGGACUAUCGUUGACUGGAAACUUUUCGCUACGUCAGCCGGGUUUUGGAAAGAUUCUGCAGACGACAGCAUCGACGAGGAAUACAAUCGGCUCGUUGAACAUCUUCGCGACUGCACGAAGAGUGCUGAAAGUUUUCAAACCACCAAGAGACGGCUGUCUCUCGAAACUUUUGAGCUGAUACGACAGCGUGGAGCAGCAUGA